GUCGCCGGACUUUUGUUCAGCCUCUUCUAAAUUUUUUUCUGGCUUCAUCUCGUCCCUACUCUUAUAUAUUUGGCACUUAAGCUUGGCAGGCAGGCCGCAGGCACAGCACAACAGGCGCUAGGUAGGUGGCCGCUUAGCGAUGGCCAGCGUCGGCAAGGAGGAUCCUCCAUUGACGCAGGCGGAGAACGAAGAGUUCCUCCGCAUCCUCAGGGACGUCAGACAACGGAUGAGGCAUGAAGCGCCGCCGCCGGAGAAGGUGGAGGUGGUGUUCGACGGCCUGAGUGUGGAAGCCGAGGAGCGCGCCGCCGGCCGCCGGGCGCUGCCCACGCUGCCCAACGCUUUCCUAAACGGCGCUCAGGCUAUAGUAGGUUCUUUGAACAUGUGUGCUGCCAAAACAAAGACAUUCAAGAUCAUAAAUGAAGUGAGCGGGAUAAUAAGACCAUCUAGAAUGACACUUGUUCUUGGAGCACCUGGUUCAGGAAAGACGACUUUCUUAAGAGCACUGGCGGGAAAAUUAGAUUCUUCUCUCAAGUUGCAUGGAAAGGUCUUGUUCAACGGAAAAACAAGCUCUUGUACACCGCAUUACCUCUGUGCUUAUGUCAGCCAACAUGAUCUCCAUCACGCUGAGAUGACAGUAAGAGAGACGAUCGACUUCUCCUCGAACCUUCUUGGAACAAACAAUGAAUUCGAGAUACUGCUGGGACAUGCAACACAAAGAAAUAUGGAUACUAGCAAUGAAGUGUAUGAAGAGUUAUUUACCAAGGCAACCAACCUCGGAGAGGGGAGCAGCAACCUUAAGACUAACUAUAUUAUCAAGAUGCUUGGCUUGUCUGACUGCGCUGACACUGUAGUAGGGGAUGCACUCCGCCGGGGAAUUUCCGGCGGACAAAAGAAACGAACAACAAUUGGGGAGAUGCUAGUUGGUCGUGCGAGAUGUUUCUUUAUGGACGACGUAUCAACAGGCCUGGACAGCUCUACCACAUUUGAGAUUAUGACAUUUUUCUGGCAAAUGGCCCAUCUAAUGGAUCUUACAAUGGUUAUUUCAUUGCUACAACCAGCUCCAGAGACGUUCGAAUUAUUUGAUGACAUAAUUCUUCUAUGUGAGGGUCAGAUUGUGUAUCAUGGUCCUCGGCAUAAUGUUAAUUGUUUCUUCAAUACCAUUGGCUUUGCAUGUCCUAGCAGGAAAAAUGUAGCUGACUUCCUGCAAGAAGUAACCUCGAAAAUGGAUCAGCAGCAGUAUUGGGCGCGUGAUGAAAGAGAAUUUUUCCAACAAUUACUAGUAUUAUUCAUGAUGCAUCAAAUGUCAGUGAGCCUUUUUCGCUUGAUAGCAUCCAUUGCAAGAACACGGGUAAUGACCAACAUGUUAGCGACUGAAACUCUUAUAGCAAUUCUUAUACUUGGAGGCUUCAUCAUAUCAAAAGAUGACCUCCAGCCAUGGAUGCGCUGGGGUUGUUGGGCCUCUCCAUUCACAUAUUCUCUCAAUGCUGUCGCUUUGAAUGAAUUUUUGGAUAAAAGAUGGGCUACGGCUUUCCAUUACGAAAAUGUUUAUACCACUGGAGAGGCUGUCCUCAAGGCUAGGGGAUUAAUAACUGAAUGGCACUGGUAUUGGGUGUGUGUUUGUGUAUUAUUUGGCUUCUCUCUGAUCUUCAACCUCGCCAGCAUAUUUGCUUUCGAGUUCCUCAACUAUCCACGGGAACAUCAUCGCAGAACCAAAGCACGAGAGGUUCAGGAUGUAGUCGACAGAGAUCAAAUUGUUGGCAGCUGGAAUAAAGCUGAUGACCAAUGCAACCUUCCAUUCCAACCUUUGUCCCUUGUUUUCAGACAAAUCAACUAUUUCGUUGACAUGCCCAGAGAAAUGAGAAAGAACGGAGUAACUGAAAAGAGACUUCAGCUGUUACAAGAUGUUAGUGGUGCAUUCAGGCCAGGUGUGCUAACAGCGCUAAUGGGGAUUACUGGUGCCGGGAAAACAACGUUACUUGAUGUUUUGGCAGGAAGGAAAACUGGAGGAUACAUUGAAGGAACUAUUAAUAUUUCUGGCUACCCAAAGAAGCAAGAGACAUUCUCAAGGAUCUCAGGUUACUGCGAGCAAACAGAUAUUCACACCCCUUACCUCACAGUCUAUGAGUCACUUCAGUUUUCUGCCUACCUUCGCUUGCCUUCAGAAGUUAAUUCAGACAAAAGAGAUAAAAUUGUAGAAGAAGUUAUGGGACUGAUAGAGCUGACUGACUUGAGGAGUGCUAUGGUGGGCAUUCCUGGGGUAAACGGACUGUCAGCGGAGCAACGGAAAAGACUUACUAUAGCUGUGGAACUAGUUGCUAGUCCUUCCAUAAUUUUCAUGGACGAGCCAACAACUGGUUUGGAUGCCCGUGCCGCCGCAAUUGUCAUGCGAACAGUACGAAAUACAGUGAACACCGGACGUACUGUAGUUUGCACAAUUCAUCAGCCAAGCAUUGAGAUCUUUGAAUCUUUCGAUGAGGUAUGCCGUUUGCUACUUAUGAAAAGAGGGGGUCAACUCAUUUAUAGUGGGUCACUGGGCCCACUGUCUAGCAGUUUGAUAAAGUACUUCGAGGCCAUUCCUGGAGUUCCUAGCAUCAAGGAUGGUCAAAACCCAGCUACAUGGAUGUUAGAUAUCAGUUCACAAGCCAUGGAAUAUGCAAUUGGGGUGGACUAUUCUGAAAUUUACAGAAACUCAUCACGGCAUAAGGAGAACAUGGCUCUAAUUGAUGACUUAAGCCAGCUAAGACCACACCAAAAAGAUUUGCAUUUUCAACAGAGGUAUUGGCCAAACUUUAAAGAACAGUGCAUAGCAUGUCUGUGGAAGCAACAUUGUUCCUUUUGGAAAAACCCGGAGCUAAAUAUCACCCGCUUUCUAUACACAUUUGCUGUCUCAAUCACAUUUGGCAUGGUCUUCUGGCGAAUUGGUUUGACAAUCAAGGAACAACAGGAUGUGUUUAACAUACUGGGAACUGCAUACACAUCGGCACUAUUUCUAGGCUACGUGAACUGCAGCAUGUUGCAGCCUAUUGUAGCAUCUGAAAGAGUUGUCUUCUACCGCGAAAAGGCUUCUGGCAUGUACUCCUCCAUGGCAUAUGUCAUUGCUCAGAUAGCAGUUGAAAUUCCUUAUAUGCUUAUCCAGGUGUUCGUUUUCUCAGCAAUUGUGUACCCAAUGGUUGGAUUCCAACUGACUGUCACAAAAUUCUUCUGGUUUGUCCUAUACAUGAUAUUGAGCUUCAUAGACUUCAUACUAUAUGGGAUGAUGGUUGUUGCACUUACACCCAACGAAGAGAUAGCUGUUGUCCUGUCCUUCUUCAUCUUCAUGUUAUGGAAUGUAUUUGCUGGCUUCAUAGUCCCAAGAAAGAUGAUACCGGCCUGGUGGAGGUGGAUGUACUGGUCAGACCCAGCAGCAUGGACUAUCUAUGGGCUCAUGUUAUCACAACUUGGCGACCACAUGGAGCUCAUCCAUGUUCCAGGUCAACCAGAUCAGCCAGUGAGUGAGUUCUUGAAGGAAUACCUAGGCCUGCAAGAUGACUACAUUUCCUUAGUUACGACUCUGCAUAUCGCACUAAGUACACUAUUUGGUGUUGUGUUUUGUCUUGGCAUCAAGUAUCUUAAGUUCCAAACAAGGUAAAUUAUGAAUAGAGAAAAAAAAGAUGGAGCAUGUGGGGAUUUAGUGCAAUUGUAUAUAUAAUGUAAAAGUUAGUAUCCAAGCGAAGAAGCAAAUUAAG